UUGAACUGCUCCGCCGUUAACGAUUUGUUCUUCCGCGUUUUUGUUCUUCGUUCUCACCAGUUUAUUCUCCACUCGUCUUUCCGUUCAUCAGAGAUGAGACCUCCCCAAAGAGGACGUGGUGGUGGUGGCGGAUUUAGGGGCGGAAGGGGUGCCGGUGGAGGCCGAGGCGGAGGAAGAGGAGGAGGCGGAAGAGGCGGCGGCGGAGGAAGUGCCAUGAGGGGCCGUGGCGGUGGACGCGGCGGAGGGAGAGGCCGAGGAGGAAGGGGAGGAGGUAUGAGGGGAGGAAGCAAAGUGAUUGUUGAGCCUCACAGACAUGAAGGAGUGUUCAUCGCUAAGGGUAAGGAAGAUGCUCUCGUUACGAAGAACUUGGUUCCUGGUGAAGCCGUCUAUAACGAGAAGCGCAUCUCUGUCCAGAACGAAGAUGGAACCAAAGUUGAAUACAGAGUUUGGAACCCAUUCCGUUCGAAAUUGGCGGCUGCCAUUCUCGGAGGGGUUGAUAACAUAUGGAUUAAACCUGGGGCCAAAGUUCUUUACUUAGGUGCUGCAUCUGGGACUACUGUGUCACAUGUCUCUGACCUUGUUGGUCCUGAGGGAAUUGUCUAUGCGGUUGAAUUUUCUCAUAGGAGUGGUAGGGAUUUAGUGAACAUGGCGAAGAAGCGAACUAAUGUGAUACCCAUUAUUGAAGAUGCUAGGCAUCCUUCAAAAUACAGAAUGCUGGUUGGGAUGGUUGAUGUGAUUUUCUCUGAUGUUGCUCAACCUGAUCAGGCAAGGAUUUUGGCCCUAAAUGCAUCGUACUUCCUCAAAGCGGGAGGCCACUUUGUCAUCUCCAUCAAGGCCAACUGUAUAGACUCGACGGUGCCAGCAGAGGCGGUGUUCCAAAGCGAAGUGAAGAAGCUGCAACAGGAGCAGUUCAGGCCGGCCGAACAGGUCACUCUUGAGCCGUUUGAGCGUGACCACGCUUGCGUCGUCGGCGGUUACCGCAUGCCCAAGAAGCAGAAGGCCUCGGCUUCUUAGUUAAACCCACCGCUCCUUGUUAUGUUUUUUUUUUGCCAUUAUUGUUUUGUAAGUUUUUUGUCUUUGGUAGAGAAGCAGCCUGAGAUGUCUGAUUGUGAUAUUUGUAUUAGGAUAUCUAUCGCCUUGUUUUGGAUAAUAUGAUGGUUACUCUUUACUCUUUUA